GUGCAUCCUCCGUCUCCAACUCCGACAUUGCCUUAACUUGGAACCAAAUACAAAAUUUGCGUACAUUUUCCACUGCCUGCGGAUUAGAUAAAAAUAGUAAAAUAGUAAGAUUUCGCUUAGAUAAAGAACAGGAAAAGAAGAACGCAAUUGUGCAUAAACCGGUGAACCGAGAGAACAACUACAACGACAAGAUGGCUAAUAGCGGAAUUGUAGAGUCAUUUCCCACGGCUGCUUUGGUACCGAAAGCAGAGACUGGAGUCUUGAAUUUCCUGCAAAAGUAUCCUGAAUAUGAUGGCAGAGAUGUAACAAUUGCCAUUUUUGAUUCUGGGGUGGAUCCUCGAGCCACUGGAUUAGAAACUCUUAGCGAUGGGAAAUCUGUUAAAGUUAUAGAACGCUAUGACUGCUCCGGUUGCGGUGAUGUGGACAUGAAGCGCAAAGUUGUGCCCGAUGAGAAGGGAGAAUUUAAGGGUAUCUCAGGUAGAACUUUAAAGCUCAGCAAGGAACAGCUUGCCCUCAAUGCCGACAAGGAGGGAGCCGUGCGUGUGGGUUUGAAAAGCUUUGCCGAUCUUGUGCCCUCUAAGGUUAGAGACAACAUAGUCAACCAGGCCAAACUCAAGACCUGGGAUAAACCCCAUAAGACAGCCACUGCCAAUGUAAGCCGCAAACUGGUUGAGUUUGAGACACAAAAUCCAGGUGAAGCCUCCAAAUUACCCUGGGACAAAAAGAUCAUUAAAGAUAAUCUAGAGUAUGAACUGGAAAUGCUCAAUAGUUAUGAAAAGGUCUAUAAUGAUAUCAAGACCUCAUACGAUUGCGUUUUAAUACCCACUGCGGACAACGGUUGGCUUACGCUGAUAGACACCACAGAGCAGGGUAACUUGGCAGAUGCCUUGAGCAUAGGAGAAUACACUAGGACCCAUGAGACUAAGAAUGUGGAUGAUUUCCUUUCCAUAUCGGUCAAUGUUCAUGAUGAGGGAAAUGUGUUGGAAGUUGUGGGAAUGUGCUCACCGCAUGGUACCCAUGUCUCCUCCAUAGCUAGUGGAAAUCAUCAGUCUCGCGAUUUGGAUGGUGUGGCUCCAAAUGCCAAAAUUGUCUCCAUGACCAUUGGAGAUGGUCGUUUGGGUUCUAUGGAAACGGGCACUGCUUUGGUCAGAGCAAUGAUGAAGGUGAUGGAAUUGUGCCGCGAGGGCAGACGUAUCGAUGUGAUUAAUAUGAGCUAUGGCGAACAUGCCAAUUGGUCAAAUUCUGGCCGCAUUGGUGAGCUUAUGAACGAGAUAGUCAACAAAUACGGAGUCGUUUGGGUGGCCUCAGCUGGUAAUCAUGGUCCCGCACUCUGCACAGUUGGCACACCACCCGACAUUAGCCAGCCCAGUUUGAUCGGUGUGGGAGCCUAUGUUUCGCCACAAAUGAUGGAGGCCGAGUAUGCCAUGCGUGAGAAGCUACCCGGAAACGUUUAUACAUGGACCUCUCGUGACCCUUGCAUCGAUGGUGGUCAGGGAGUGACUGUGUGUGCUCCUGGUGGAGCGAUUACCUCAGUGCCUCAAUUCACCAUGAGCAAAUCGCAAUUGAUGAACGGCACCAGCAUGGCUGCUCCUCAUGUGGCUGGAGCAGUAGCUUUGCUUAUUUCCGGAUUAAAGCAACAAAAUAUUGAGUAUUCACCAUACAGCAUUAAGAGAGCUAUUAGCAAUACGGCCGUGAAACUGGGCUACGUUGAUCCCUUUGCCCAGGGGCAUGGUUUGUUGCAUGUGGAGAAAGCAUUUGAACAUUUAGUCGAGCAUCGCAAUUCCAAGGAUAAUAUGUUACGUUUCUCCGUUCGUGUGGGCAACCACCAGACCAAGGGCAUUCAUUUGCGUCAGGGUGUGCAGCGCAACUAUGUCGACUACAAUAUCAAUAUUGAACCAAUCUUUUUCAAUGACAAGGAGGCGGAUCCCAAGGACAAGUUUAACUUUAAUGUGCGUUUGAAUCUAAUCUCAUCUGAGCCCUGGGCACAGUGCGGCGCAUUUUUAGAUCUCAGUUAUGGAACACGUUCAAUUGUGGUGCGCAUUGAUCCUGCAAGCCUUCCACCAGGCGUUCAUUCAGCUGUGAUUCGCGCCUAUGAUACGGAUUGUGUGCAAAAGGGACCACUUUUUGAGAUUCCUGUGACUGUGGUGCAGCCUCAUGUCCUUAAUUCCGACCAGAAUACACCUGUUUUUGAGCCAGCCUCCACGAAAGGUGACAAGAGUGUAGAAUUCCAACCAAAUACCAUACAAAGAGAUUUCAUUCUUGUGCCCGAACGUGCCACUUGGGCAGUUCUUCGUAUGCGCAUCACUGAUCCCAAUCGCGGUCAGGAUAUAGGCAAAUUCUUUUUGCAUGCCAAUCAAUUGUUGCCCAAAUUAUCUUGCCGCAAACUGGAAACAAUGAAGAUUAUAGGCGUCGGCUCAGAACAUGAAUGUACUACUCCAUUUAGAGUAAAGGCUGGUACAAUUUUAGAAUUGUGCUUGGCCAAAUAUUGGUCAAACCAUGGCCAAAGUCAUUUGAAGUAUAGUCUGGAAUUCCGCGGCAUCGAAGCCCACAAUCCCAAUGCCUAUGUCAUGCACGCUGGACGUGGAAUACAUAAGCUGGAGGUUGAGGCCCUUGUCUCCGAGGAAAUUCAGCCACUGCUACAAUUGAAAAAUGCUGCCGUUGUCCUUAAGCCCACUGAAGCGAAAAUCUCUCCCUUGAGCCCUAGCCGUGAUGUUAUUCCCGAAGGACGUCAAGUGUAUCAGAAUCUUUUGGUCUACUCAUUGAAUGUGACUAAAGCCGCUGAGGUUGCCAUCUAUGCUCCAAUUUUCAAUGAUUUGCUCUAUGAGGCCGAGUUUGAGUCACAAAUGUGGAUGCUAUUCGAUGUGAAUAAGGCCCAAAUUGCCACGGGCGAUGCCCAUUCCCAUACGUUCUAUACCAAAUUGGAGAAGGGUGACUAUACCAUACGCCUGCAGGUGCGUCAUGAGAAGCGAGAUGUAUUGGAAAAGAUUUCGGAAGCAAAUAUGGUGGCUGCCUUCAAGCUACCCAAUAUGCUUACCUUGGACGUUUACGAGAACUACAAUCAGUGUGUUGUGGGUGGACGUAAACUUAUCACUGGUUAUGUGAAGACAUCUACAAGGGUUCUCUAUGUGGCGCCCAUUGGUCAGGAGCGUCUCACCAAGGCCAAUUUACCGAACCAAUGUGCUUGGUUGAGCGGGAAUUUGGUGUUCCCCAAGGAUGAAGCCGGUCGUCGUGUUGCCUUGCAUCCAUUUACUUAUAUCAUGAAUCCGACUGAAAAGAAGAGUCAUUCCAAUGGAGCUGGAAACAACAAUAGCUCAUCGAAUGCCACACCGGCAGCGGCAGCCGUAGCUGUAAAUGCAAAUGCAGCCAAGCCCAAGGCUCAGCAGGCAACCGUUUCGGUAAACAGUCCAGCGGCUGGCGAUGGUGUGAAUACACAAACCGAGCCGCCAGUAGAAAAUGGAACAGGUCCUGGCUCACCCAAAAAGGGUAAAACUAGUGCCGAUGAUUAUGCCGAGAGCCUACGCGACUUCCAAUGCUCGCAUAUAGUGAAAGGCGAACUCGAGUUGGCUGAAAAAAUCUAUCAAGAAGUUGUGGCAGCUCAUCCCAAGCAUUUGCAGGCUCAUUUAUUGCUCAUCCAAAACAUUGAAUCCAACCAAUUGAAACCCAAUCAAUUGCCAUUGGCAUUUGCUCUUGGAAAAGAGCAAAAAGAAGGUGAAGAUCAAAAGAAGCAACGCAGUGCUUUGGAACGUAUUAUUAAACUGGCUGAUAGUGUUAUCAAAGAAUCUGAUGUGGAAUCACUGCUCUCCUAUUAUGGACUCAAAAAUGACACAAGAGUGGAUGCAGCAAAGAUUAAGACAAACAUGGAUAAGCAGAAGAAUAAUCUAAUUGAGGCGCUCAGCAAGAAGGGUAUUGCCUUAACCAAAUUGGCCAUUUUGGAUGACAAUGUGAAAGAUCGUGUUGCUGAUCUUAAUGAGAUCUAUACGGAAAUCAUUAAAUUUGUUGAUGGUAAUGAUUCCAAGGCAAUACAAUUCUCACUGUGGCAUGCCUAUGCUCAUAAUCAUUACGGACGCAUGUAUAAAUAUGUGAUUAAACUGAUUGAGGAUAAACGCAAUCGGGAAUACUUUGAGGAACUGGCGGCCAUAAAUCAAUCCCUGGGCUAUGAUCAUACCAAAACUGUUAUUGAGCGCAUGACCGUUACUGCUUUUCCCAGCACUUAUCGUUUGUUCUAAAGGACACACAAGACAAAUUUAAAUUAUACACUUACUCUCAAUUUAAUCAAUUUAAUCUUAUGUGAAUUAUUAUUGUUUUAUAUGUAAUUCUGCAAGAAAAAACAAAAAACACAAAAUCUAAUACAAUUCUAUGAAAUACAAAAUGAUUUGAAAUUCGAA